AUGACUGUGCAGGUGGUUGCCACGGAUCCCUCCAUAACCGGAGAUUGCUGUUCCACAGCAACAGUCACCAUUAAAAUCAAUGACACUAAUGACAAUGCCCCAACUUUCCAAAAGGAGACCUAUAGCUUGGAAGUGAAGGAGCACAGUGCCGUGGGCACUAUCAUUGCCACCAUUACGGCCCGCGAUGAUGACGAACAAGGCACCGACAACAGUAGGAUGCGUUUCGAAAUUGUGCCUAGUGAGUUCAGCCAGAACUUCACCAUUGAUGAGUUCAAAGGCAUAUUGGAGAACAAUGGACCUCUGGACAGAGAGGCUCUUGACCCCUUGGCUAAUGGCGUCAUUAAACUAAAUGUGUCGGUGCAUGAUAUGGGUGUGCCCAGCAAAUCAGCAUAUGUUACAGUCCUGAUCAACGUGGAGAACAUCAACGAUAACACACCUAAAUUCAGAAGUAAUAAUUACGUGUUCUACGUCAACGAAAGCAUCAAAAAUGCAUUUGUGGGCUCUGUGUUUGCCUACGAUGCUGACCAGGUCAACAACCGCAUCUCCUUCGACAUUACUGAGGGCAGCUUGGCGACCUUUGCUGUUACGGCAGUGCAGGAAGCGGAUGGGACAGGAUACAUUGGGAACAUAGCUCUGGACCAGGACAUCGAGCUGGACUAUGAGCAGCAGAAAGGGCCUUACAUCUUCUCGGUGGUGGCCAGCGAUACAGAUGGCAAGAAGGACGUGGCUAGGGUGGAAGUGCACGUGAAGGAUGUGAAUGACGAGCGGCCUCAGUUUCCAUCUGGCCAGACCGUGGAGGUGAAGGAGAACACCAAUGAGACUGUGGUGGGCAAGGUCGAAGGGAACGACCUGGACGGCAACCACAUGCUGAUGUAUGAGCUCCUCUCUUCAAAAUGCCGCUGCGAAAGUGUCAUGGGGCCAUGCCAGCAGGACUGGUUCAAUCUGCUCCCCUCAGGCGAUGUGACUGUUAACCCAGAGAUUGUUAUUGAUUAUGAGGAAUGCGACCAGGUCAUCAUGGAAGUCCAAGUGGUUGACAUCUUGACUGAGAAAGGGGCAAAUAACAGCAUUGCAGGAGAGCUACAAAUUAACAUUGAGGACGUCAAUGACAAUGUGCCCCAGUUCAUCAUCUCUGAGGCAACGGAUCGGGAUUCCGGGAACAACAAGGAUAUCACUUUCAGCAUACUGAACAUGGAAUUUGUCAGUACAGAUAACACGGCCUCUGAAGAAACCCUCUUCCAGGUGUCCGGCGUUACAGACCCAACAGUCACCGACCCCGUGCGCUUCAUCCUGCUGGGCUUGAUUGGGGGUCUCCUGAUUGUCCUGAUUGUCAUGAUAACAUCCCUGGUCUGCACCCAGAGGAACUACAAGAGGAAGCUGAAGGCAUCCAAGGCCCUGCAAUCGGAUGCGAUGGUGGCAACAGAAAACCAGAAACCCAGCGCCAUUGUCCCUGGCAGCAACCAAAUGAAGGCUAACCCGGUGCUGAAUUUAAUCAUUGACACAACGACAGACCUUGGCUUUGACGAGGAAGACUCCUGCACAGACAAAGUCAGUGUGAACUCCUUGGAUUACAACAUUGAUUUGAACAUGACUGAGAAGGACACAGCGCCUAUGAUGGUGAUAGAGGAGGAGAACGAGGAGGAGAACGAGUAUCACCUGUAUGUUGAGCCGUUGGACUUCGCUCUGGCUUCACGUGGGGAGAAGAGGAGGGCUCCAGAUGCUCCCAAAUCCUUCGUCAACCCCAUCCUUGAUACCACUGACUUAUAACCUCUGCCUCGAGGUCACAGGUCACGCCUUUUCCAUCUCCCGCCA